GCUCCCUCCGGUCCGGAGCCAGACCGGCAGCAGGACAGCGGACAGCGCCUCGCAGCCGCUGGGGCUCGUACUGGUCACUGCAGGCACGGGACUGUUCGAUCUUUGAGACAGCUGGUCAGUGGACAGAAGGCACAGAAUGGCCUCUUUGUGGCCCUUGAUCCUGGCCUCAGCCGUCAGCCUCGCCGUUGCCCGCCCCCCCAACAUCAUUCUGAUCUUUGCCGAUGACCUGGGCUAUGGGGACCUGGGCAGCUAUGGCCACCCCAGCUCAUCCACACCCAACCUCGACCGAAUGGCAGCCUAUGGCCUCCGUUUCACUGACUUCUAUGUGCCUGUCUCAUUGUGUACCCCAUCUAGGGCAGCACUGUUGACUGGACGGUACCCUGUUCGUUCAGGCCUCUACCCAGGUGUCCUCUACCCUGCCUCCCGGGGUGGACUACCCCUGGAUGAGGUGACCAUAGCUGAAGUCCUCGCCGAGAGGGGCUACCUCACCGGGAUGGCCGGCAAGUGGCAUUUGGGAGUGGGGCUCAACGGCACCUUCUUGCCCCCACAUCAGGGAUUCCACCACUACCUAGGAAUCCCCUACUCCCAUGAUCAGGGUCCUUGCCAGAACCUGAUCUGCUUCCCACCAGACACCCUCUGCUUUGGGGGCUGUGACCAAGGCGACGUCCCCAUCGUGCUGAUGGCUAACCUUACCGUGAAGGAACAGCCUCCCUGGCUGCCUGGGCUGGAGAAACAGUAUGUGGCCUUUGCCCAGAACUUCAUGGUGGAUGCUGCCCGCCAAGACCGGCCUUUUUUUCUGUACUAUGCCUCCCACCAUACCCACUACCCCCUGUUCAGUGGGAAAAGCUUUGUGGAGAACUCUGGCCGGGGACAAUUUGGGGAUGCCUUAAUGGAGUUGGACUCGGCUGUGGGGGCCCUGCUGAAUACUGUGGAGAGCCUUGGAUUAACCGAAGAAACUCUGGUCUUUUUCGCAGCGGAUAACGGCCCCGAGACCAUGCGUCUGUUCAGGGGUGGCUCCUCUGGAAUUCUCCGGUGUGGAAAGGGGACGACUUAUGAGGGUGGUGUCCGACAACCUGCUCUGGCUUUCUGGCCAGGCCACAUUCUACCAGGGGUCUCCCAUGAGCUAGCCAGCACCCUGGAUCUGCUACCUACCCUGGCUGCUCUGGCUCAAGCCCAGCUGCCCAAUGUUACUCUAGACGGAGUGGAUCUGAGCCCCAUUCUGCUGGGCACGGGCAAGAUCCCACGGAAGACCCUCUACUUCUACCCUCCAGAUCCUCAGGAGUCCCAAGGAGUCUUUGCCAUCCGACAUGGAAAGUACAAGGCGCAUUUCUUUACCCAGGGUUCUACACACAGUGCUAUGGUUCCUGAUCCAGCCUGCCAACCCACCAGCCCACGGAUUCACCACGAGCCGCCACUGUUGUUUGACAUGGAGAUAGACCCCGGGGAGAACUUUGAACUCCUGAAGUACAGUUCCAAGGAGGAGAUGGAAAAAUACCUCAAGGUCCUGAAGGAGAUUAGGUUACUCAAGACUAAAUUUGACGUUGCCAUGACUUUUGAAACGAGUCAGAUUGCCAAAGGUCUAGACCCGGACCUGGAACCUUGCUGCCGACCGACCUGUUCCCCCCGACCGUCUUGCUGUAAUUGUCCUGGCCCUCAUUAACACACUCCCCCACACGUGACUGCAUGGACUCAGAGUGAUCUUGAGGCCCUUGUGGCCCCAUUGACUACUAAUCCUUAAAACUGAUUUUUAAGGACUACUCUCUGAUUCCUGAGUCGGGGCACACAUCUAUCACGGGAACUCUACACAAAUCUCAACUCAGGUCACUUCACUGGAUACUGAGCAUAUCCCAGAAUUGGGGAAGAAGUGGGGGGGGGUCACCGACCAGUGGCUCAGACACCCCAGCCAGAACUUCCUCCAUGCAACCAGUUGAGGUAACAAUUUUUACACUAUCUUGCGAUCCCAAAGGAUGAGUUAUUACUUCUGAAAUCUUGAUGUAUCGAUUCCAAUAUUUACCUCUGUCUGAAUGGUGAUGCUUUGGGUUAUUGAAUACAGGUCAGAUUAUUGAGUUCAUUGUCAUUCAUGAAUAUUCAUGGGAGAUUGGAUAAAAGGUCCUCAGUGUUUUCUAUUAAAAAAAAAAAACUCUUUACUAAGAUAAUUAAUACAAGUAUUAAACUAAGCGAUAAUUAUGAAUUUUCCAAUAAAAUUUAAGGGAAAUAUCAUUUGGAACAAGAUUUAAAUAAAUACCAAUAUCAAAGCACA